UGGUGCACCUUGUUUCCUUAAAGUGUCUUCUAAGAGAUCUGAAGAGAGCGAUGAUGAUAUGUUUGACAGCUCCUAUGAUGAUAUAUUGGAGGAGCGCGAACGCGAUAAGGAGUUGCCUGUCCUGUCUGUUCAUCAGAAGAAACCUCUAGACUUAGAAAAGGAAGGUUCUUCGUCCCAGAGGAGCACAGAGGCACAGCGCCAAAUUCCAGUGAUGAGGCAGCAGUCGGCGGUGCGGAAACCACAGCUCACUGCGCCUAUCUGUGCCUCUACUAGAAUCUCUCAGGAUCUCAGCUUUCAUAGGUCAAAUCAUUCUGCUUCAUCUGGAAGUUGGGAUGAGCUUCGGAAAGUGUCUCUACGUAGUUUUAGUUUUUGUGCCUCUCCAGCCACGGCUGCUUAUGAUGCACUCAGACCUACUGUCCUCUCGACUCCAUCAUCCCUCAAGGAACAACCCUCGCUGGAUAAGUCUUCCUCCAGAAAAAAAGCUCUGAUUUUCCCUCAGUCUGCCACACCACUAGCCCAAGGACAGUUGUUCGCUGGUUCUGCCCCCUCACCUUUUUGUUUUGGAGCCCCACCUGCUGGUUCUGCCCCCUCACCUGCUGGUUUUGGAGCCUCACCUUCUGCCCCCUCAACUUUUGGUUUUGGCGCCUCAUCUGCUGGUUCUGCCCCCUCACCUGCUAGUUUUGGAACCCUAUUUGGUAGUUUUCCAGCCCCACCUGCUGCAGCCCACCAUAUUAGUCUUAAACCCACAGUUGCUGGUAUUGCACCUCCAGCACAAUCGCUGUCUGAUUAUGAAGGCCUUGACUCACCUUCUGUUCUCACCUCUGGUCCGAGAACAGCCUCCAUUUUUACUGCUCUAGCAUGUAAGGAAAAUGCCACACCUUUCUCACGCGAAGCUCCUUUGACACAUGUAGAAUCUGAAUGUUUUGCAAGCCAAGAAGAGGAACUCUCAGCCUUACAAAGGAAUGAAGGACAGACAAUGUGGCAUCAUGUUCCAGAAUCUCCCCAAAAUUUUAGUUUUCAUAGACAAGGGCGUAUUAGCGCUCCAACACCUCUUCCUGAAAUGGGCUCCAUUAAACUGUCUCGCCUAAAAGCCCGACCUCAACGACUUAGUCAAGCUCAUCUAUCUCCAGGGUUCAUGGGAGCUCGUCCUCCUCCACCUUCAGGGUUCACUGGAGCUCCUCCUCCUCCUCCUUCAGGGUUCACUGGAGCUCCUCCUCCUCCACCUUCAGGGUUCACUGGAGCUCCUCCUCCUCCUCCUCCUUCAGGGUUCACUGGAGCUCCUCCUCCUCCACCUUCAGGGUUCACUGGAGCUCCUCCUCCUCCUCCUUCAGGGUUCACUGGAGCUCCUCCUCCUCCACCUUCAGGGUUCACUGGAGCUCCUCCUCCUCCUCCUUCAGGGUUCACUGGAGCUCCUCCUCCUCCACCUUCAGGGUUCACUGGAGCUCCUCCUCCUCCACCUUCAGGGUUCACUGGAGCUCCUCCUCCUCCUUCAGGGUUCACUGGAGCUCCUCCUCCUCCACGUCCAAUGCUCAAAAGGGCUCCUUAUCUUCCAGCGAUCAUUGGAGCUCCUACGCUAGCAGGUCCAGUGGCCAGUGACGCUCCAGUACUUCGUCGUAGAUACAGCUCCGCCCGUGCAUUCAGUUCAAAUCAAAUGGUUAGUCUGUUUGGUCAAGCAUAUGAGCCACAGUCACAUCAUCCAUCCUUUGAAGGUCCAGACCCAGACGAGCAGAAGCUGAAGUGGAUUCAGAUCUUCCAGCUGCAGCAAGCAGAUGGAUACUGGGAGUUAACUGUAGAGCUGGGAAAACUGAUCAAUGUCGACGUGGAUGUGUUUGUUGAGAAGCACCUGAAGAAGAAAGGCAUUCAUUCUCUGGGUUCAAAGGUCAACGAAGGCAUCCGGAGGCUGGUGGCGACUCUGUUGGUUCUGCAGCUGAUGAGGGAGGAGAAGCUGGAGGAAGGAAAACUGCUGCAGAGUCUGUUUGACCUGAAGGAGCCGACUGGGUCCAGGUCAGAGCGCUGGCAGCAGGUGAAGAAGGCAGUGGACUGGGUGCGCUGGGCCGACCGGGAGUAUCCGUGCGCCUACAGCCGGCUGGAGUUCGGCUGGAGCUGGGAGUCUUCCACCCGCCAGCUGCUGGGCUUCGAACGCUUCCCGCCGUUCUCACCGCUCAUCAGCCUGGAGCUGCAGAAGACUGCAGCGCCGCUGGCCGUCCACUGAGGAAACACUUUCUGAAAGUCGUAUAUCAAUUUGGACUUUAUUUUGUCUUUUAUCUGCUUCGGUUUAUGUUUUGCAAAGAGGUAAAGAAGAUCAAAAAUGAUGUGACACAAUAUUUUAAUAUUUUAGAAUAUUAAAACAUAAGAGGAAGGGAGGGAAAGAUUCAUGUUUCAUCCACAAAAAUUAUACAAAAUUUGUAAAAUUACACUCACAAAUCGAUAAAUAGAAUUAGAAACAAAACCGUUAUUGAUCACAAACUGGCGAGCGUAAUUGAUGUCACAAUGUAAACGUCUUCCUCCCUAAAAAUUAAGAAAGCCAAAUCUUGGUGGUUUGCUUAAAAACCAACAAGAAUAGAUUAAAAAUUGUUUGUUUGUGAUAUUUUUGAAGUUUAAUUCUUAUUGUGUUAUAAAACAAAUUUCUGGGGAGAAAUUUGCUAUUUUUCUUUAACUCACCUUCCUAUAUUACUUUCA